CAGGAGGGGGCCACUGAGUUACACCGAUGGUUGUUUUUCACUGAUCUAUAGAUGGAAGACAACAACAGAAUGUUUUAGCUUUUGAUUACAUUAGAUUUGGAGAUCAUUUGCUGUGCCAUGAAAUGCAUAAAUUAUGCGUCACGCUAGCACGUAACACAUGAGAGGAAGAGAUGGGUCGGCCAAGUGGAGUUAUUCAUCAGUUUAUUCUGAAGCAUAGUUAUUUGUUUUGUCCAUGGCGUGUUUUUUAAUUAAAGAAGGGCACCCUAUGACUUCAUUGACAGUUACAGACGAACGCUGGGAAAGUAAAUUCAAGAAACUGGCAAAUCAAACCUUCACUCACAGAACAACAACUACAUCCCAAUAUGACUUUCUGAAUAUAUGUUAAUUUUUUACUUUGGUCAUCAUGACAUUUUAACACACUCUAUCUUCAAACCAUUAAUUCUCACUGUAGAAAACAAGCAUUAUCCGAUGUAGUGAUGCAGACGGGACGCAUUACUGCAUAGUGUUUAAGGUGCUUUGAAUGAGUAAAGCGGGACAAACGCCUUUUACGGCAGUGGGAGGACUGUUGGGCAGACACCGUGAGACUAGAGGACCUUCACCUGGACGUGAAACUGAAGGACUGCUGGCUAUGGGUGCAGCGAUGGGGCCGUUACUGAUUUGGCUCCAGGAUGUGGCGGCGGUGACCCUGCUUAGAGCUCGCAGGACGCUUCUAAGAGUCGCUAUCCUUUCGUGUGUCCUGGUUCUUCUCCUCUGGGUCUCCAUCUUCCUGUAUGGAAGCUUCUACUACUCCUACAUGCCCAGCGUCAGCUUCUCCACACCAGUACACUACUACUACAGGACAGAUUGCGACGCUUCAGAUUCAGUCCUCUGCUCUUUCCCCACGGCUAACAUCUCGCUCUUGAAGAAUGGACGAGACCAGGUGAUGAUGUCCGGUCAGGCCUACAGAAUCUCUCUGGAGCUGGAAAUGCCCGAAUCUCCUGUUAACGAACAGAUUGGCAUGUUCAUGGUCAAAAUGUCCUGCUAUGCCACUGAUGGGAAAGUCAUUGACUCGGUCGUCCGCUCUACAAUGCUGCACUACCGAUCAAACCUGCUGCGGACAAUGAGCACGCUGGUGUUUUCGCCCCUCCUGCUCACAGGUGUGUCUGAGCAGAAACAGCUCAUCGAAGUGGAGCUCUUCCCAGAUUUCAAAUCAGACCUUUACCAACCUGCCAUUGGUGCCAUGAUCGAGAUUCAGUCUUGCAGGGUCCAGAUUUAUUCUGCCCAGCUCAGGAUCCAUGCCUACUUCACUGGCAUUAGAUACCUCCUGUAUAAUUUCCCCGUGAUGUCUGCAAUCGUUGGGGUGGCGAGUAACUUCACCUUCCUCUGUGUCAUUGUGCUCUUCAGUUACCUGCAAUUCAUUUGGGGAGGGCUGUAUCCCCCCGAGCAGGUCAGAGUGAGGGUGAUGAUGGGAGACUCAACGCGUCUUCAGCAGAGGAGGGAAGAAGCACGUAAACGCAUGCACUCAUCCUCCAGCACUCCUAUCAUUUCGUAUGGAAGAGAUGCCAGUGAGCUCCCAGAACAACCCAAACAAACAGUUCGAAACAAAGGUGAUUUGGACACUCCUAGUGUGAUUGGGACAGAUGAACUGAAUCAGCUGCAAGAAGAUGAAGCUGCUCAGGACUCCUCUACCGAUGACGCACCCAUUUUCCUUGAGGCUCCUCAUAUCGCAGAGACCAGUUUGAGUGAGGAGGAUCCAGAUCAAGAGCAGAGGGCAGCAGGAAUAGGAAAUGGGACUGAAGAAGAAGAAACGGCCCAACCACAGUCCCCAGACAACAGCAUUAGACAAAGGCAUGGACCCUGGAUGAGGCUCUGAGCUCCAAUCUCUGGAGUAACCACAUACGCACAUGCAUUCUGUUACAUUUGAACACCUCAUUUGACUCGUAGCUAGCACAUUUGAGACAUUUCUUUUGCGAUGCAAUGAGUAUUACCAUAAGAAUUGUUCUGAUGCAUUUGGAACCCAGUUUACCUCAUGGAGCUGAUGUGAAGCUCACCAGAAUUUUAAUGCUCUACUGCUUUUGUUUUCCUUUACCUGAAUACUUCCUAUAUGACUUAAGUCACUUAUAGAGUUUUGCCAUGCUUAAAUGUGUUAUUGCAGAGGUAUGUGGUUCUGUUACAACAUCAGUCAUGUAAAGGGUAACUGAGUGGGUAAAACAUCUCAGGAUUUCCAUUUUAUUCAUAUUUCUUUACAUUCCUCUGCACUGUGAUUGUUAUACAAAAUAUUUAAUGUGGCUUUAGCAGGUUCGUUUAACCUCUGGGGAUAUUAAAAAUUAUUUUGUUUCCCCACUUUUAAUUAUUUUAAUGCUAAUGUCGAAAAUGCAAAACAUAUUGUAAGAGAACCAUGUUACAUAUUGUGGAAAAUAAGUUGAGGACACAGAAGUAUAAUUGAUUU